AUGAGCGGGGUCAUUCUUAUGAGUUCAAUCAAUGAGAUGGAGAGGAGUCAUACUUUGCACGGAGAGAUGAGUUCAUCUCAUGUGGAAAAGCGACAAAAGAGCGCCCAGGAUGAUGGCCUACCUACCCCACAACGCGAUCAAUAUACGAUCGCCUGGAUUUGUGCCCUGUCGAUAGAAAUGGCGGCAGCUCGAGCCAUGCUGGAUCAGGUUCACGAGCCUCUGCCGACAACCCUUGAAGACAGCAACACAUAUGUACUUGGAAACAUUAAACAUCACAAUGUCGUUAUCGCGUGCUUGCCAGCAGAGCAAUACGGGACCAACAACGCAGCAAAUGUCGUGACCAACAUGAAGCGCACUUUCCCAGCAAUCCGUGCGGGGCUGAUGGUCGGGAUUGGCGGUGGCGCUCCGGGCAAGGUAGAUGUCCGGUUGGGUGACGUUGUCGUCGGAACAAGGGUCAUGCAGUACGAUCUUGGCAAGGUUGUCGGAGACGGGAAGCUGCAGCGGACAGCAAUCCCUAGAAUUCUUCAUCACUUGCUUGGGACAGCCGUGUCGAGUCUCCGCUCAAAACACGAAUUGGACCCCAGCCGGAUUUCAUUCAUCUUGCAACAGAAACUACAAGGUCACUCUGCGUACGGCCGACCCAGCACACCGGAUCGCCUCUUCAAGGCGGCUUAUCCCCAUGCAAUCGCGCUGGCUAGUUGUGAUGAAUGCGACCCUUCAAUGUUGCAGUACCGGGGCGGACGAAUUUCGAACUAUGCGACGAUUCAUUAUGGCGCGAUCGCUUCUGGCAAUCAGGUCAUGAAGAGCGGCACCACCCGGGACAUUGUCGCUGAACAGCUGGAUGUUAUAUGUUUCAAGAUGGAGGCUGCUGGCCUUAUGGAUAUCCUUCCUUGUCUCCCGAUCCGAGGAAUAUGCGACUACUCAGAUUCUCAUAAAACCAAGGAAUGGCAGAGAUAUGCCGCGGCAACCGCGGCCGCAUACGCGAGAGAGUUACUUGAAGAGUUAUCUGUGACCGAAGGCCGUACACGGAUUUCUUCGGGAAUUAAUCCUCAGCAAGAUCCUUCGGACACGCGCCGACAGAGCCUGUUGAACUCCCUUAAGUUCGAGCAAAUGGAUGCUCGUAGGAUAACCAUAACAGCAGCCCACGCCAGGACAUGUCGAUGGUUCCCUAGUCACCCCGAGUACGAGGCAUGGCUUGAUCCUGCUAGACUGAAGCAACAUCAUGGGUUUCUGUGGAUAAGUGGGAAACCCGGUGCUGGCAAGUCAACAAUGAUGAAGUUCGCAUACUCGAGCAUGAAGAAUAAAGCUCCUCACAACCAGUCUGUCGUCGCCUCAUUUUUCUUCAACGCUCGAGGUGACUACUUGGAGAAGUCGAUCUCGGGAAUGUAUAGGUCAUUGCUGCUUCAGCUACUUGAAGGGUAUCCCAGCCUUCAGACUGUUUUGGACGACCUUGAUCUUGUUCCGCAGAAUCAUAAUGGCUGCCCGUCCUUGAAUGUUCUCAAAGAGCUCUUUUAUAACGCUGUUUCCGCUCUCGGUCAAUCACCUUUUACCUGCUUCAUUGAUGCUCUCGACGAGUGUGACGAGCAACAGGUUGUGGACAUGGUUCAGUACUUUGAGGACCUGACUGAACAAUCCACAACCCACGGCAUCCCGUUCCGAAUUUGCUUCUCUAGUCGACACUAUCCAUAUAUUGGGCUCCAGCGAGGUAUACGACUGACACUAGAGAACCAGCUAGGACAUACAGAGGACCUAGCAACAUACGUUGCCAGCCGUCUCCGGAUAGAUGACCCUGCCCUUGUCGAAGAACUGCGACCCCAGCUUCUUGGCAAAGCCGCCGGUGUUUUCAUGUGGGUUGUUUUAGUUGUUGAUAUCCUUAACAAAGAGUAUCGACGGGGUGGUCUGAGCUUGAGAAGGAGACUUGCCGAAAUACCGAGUGAUUUGAGCGAACUUUUCAAUGACAUCUUGAGACGUGACGAUGAAAACAUGGAGGAGCUUCUCCUUUGCAUUCUGUGGAUUCUCUUCGCAACGCGACCUCUGCAGCCGAGGGAGCUUUAUUAUGCUCUCUGGUCUGGUCUUUCACUGAAGGAUCUGGCCGAUGGUCAGAUCCCGCCUGUUACUGUCCCGGAUACGAGUGAUGGUCUUAACAUAUUUAACAGAUGUGUUAUUAGCUCCUCGAAAGGAAUUGCUGAAGUCACCACAUCAAAUCAGCCAACCGUUCAAUUCAUCCAUGAAUCUGUCCGGGACUUCCUCAUCAAAGACGGUGGUUUGCAUAGAUUAUGGCCUGAACUGGGUUUUGACUGGGAGGGCCGAAGCCAUGAGAUACUGAAACAGUGCUGUAACAUGUAUAUGAAUCAUUAUUUGAUCCAUGUCACCACUAGCACGGUCCUUUCAGAACCUGAAUACAACGUGCGAAGCGAAAUCUCGGAGAAGUACCCGUUUCUGAAAUAUGCUGGUCGGCAUAUUCUCUACCAUGCCAACGCGGCGGCAAAAGUGGUCCCUCAAGCCAAUUUCUUACGUUAUUUUGCGAUGUCUAACUGGAUCAGCAUCAACAAUUUGUUUGAACGGUCCAAGGAUCGUGAAUAUGAUCCAUGUGUAAGCCUGUUUUAUGUUUUGGCAGAGAGAGGGUUCUCCGACCUCAUCCGCACGAGUUUUAAAGCAGGCGGCCCUUUGGUUGGGGGGGAGUAUCAGGGCCCGCUCUUUGCCGCGUUCGCCAACGGGCACAAAGACACUAUCGCCGCCCUUUUCAAUUUGCCUUCUGUCAUGUAUGAUGGUAUCGACAUUACAGAGGGCCUGGAAUCCAUCGAACUCUCGGAUUAUGAACAUAGAUCGCCACUAUCCUGGGCGUCUCAAACUGGUAGAACAGGCAUUGUCAAGUUACUCCUCCAGGCAGGAGCCCCUGUCAAUGAGAUAGACGCAGGAGGACGUACAUCACUCUCCCUUGCCUCGGAGAAGGGCCACGACCAGGUAGCACUUUUGCUUAUCGAGAAUGGAGCAAAGCUUGAAGCCAAGACCAAGGACAGGUUAACACCGCUUUUAUUGGCUAUACAGGGGGGCCAUGUGGCGUUGUCAAGGCUUCUCAUCGAAAAAGGGGCAAAGGUUCAUGCAAGGGAUAGAAAACACCGAACAGCAUUAUUCUUCGCCUCAGAGAUGGGUCACCUGGCGACGGCAAAGCUGCUCGUCGAGAGAGUUGACCUUGAGUCCAGCGACGCCCAUGGAUUUACACCACUCGCCAUCGCUACGAGGGAAGGCCACGAGGAAGUGGCGAGCCUUUUAAUUCACAAUGGAGCGGAUGUCAACUCCAGCGAUGAGAAUAGACAAAGCCCCCUCAUGGUCGCUGCAUUGGCGGGCUACAAGUCUAUUGCGGAGCUGCUAAUCAACAAUGGGGCAGAUGUCAACGCAAGCGAUAGCUAUGGACAAACUCCACUCACGAUCGCUGUAUCGGGGGGCUUUGAGCCCAUGGUAAGGCUUCUCAUCGACAACGGAGCAGACAUCAACACCGGUGAUAGAAAGUCGCGGACACCGUUGAUCUUGGCUUCCGCCAAGGGCGACGUGGAGAUGGUGAGGCUACUCCUCGAGAAGGGAGCAGACCUUGAUACCAGGGACGUAGGCGGAUGGACACCACUUGAGGUCGCAACGGAGCAAGAUCACAGGGCCGUGGUGAGGCUUCUUAUCAGUAAAUGA